ACUGUAUACCAUUUCAAACGCAUUAACUAGUAAUAAAACAUUUUCUAAGAAUCUAUGGGUAAAUACAGGUAGAUCUCAUAAUUAUUUAUCAUUGUUGCGUUAACACUUCACAAAAAUGCCCAGAGGAAAAGAGUUUGAUGAAUCUGAAAAGAAAUUCAUUUUACAACUACAUCAUGAAGGUCGAUCGAAUAAAUGUAUUGCGAAAAUUGUUAAUCGAAAUCCUAGAGCAAUAAACUACAUUUUAAAACAUAUUCAAAAACGAAAAUCCAUUGAAAAUCUACCAAGAUCAGGACGUCCAAAGGUGCUGACAAAAGGUGAAGAAAAAGAAAUUAUCAAUAAAAUUCGCGAAAAUCCACAUCUAUCUGCACCAGAGAUUAAUAAGGAAUUGCGAAAACAUUUAAAUAUAAAUAUUUCCGAUGAAACGGUUCGCAAGGUAUUGCGAAAGCAUAAUUGGCAGAGACGUAUUACGAAUCAAGUUAAAUCUAAAGAUUCUGAGCCAAAGACUUAUCUUAAUAAAGAUAUAACCUAUUGGAAGAAUGUUGUCUUUAGUGAAUUUAACAUUUUCGGUUUUAGACGGCAGACGUAUGGCAGGGCUUAAGCAAGUAGCUGAUAAUGUCAUGGUUUGGUGUUGUAUGUCAGCCCACGGAGUUGGACAUUUGAGUUUUUAUGAUGAAAUCAGAGACGAGCAGCUAUUUUCCGCAAUUUUAGCAGAGAGAUCAGAUGCUAACUCAACAAAACUGGGAUUACAUUACAAUGUUUAUCACAUCCAACAGGAUGAAGAGACAAAGCACAACGCCUGGGAUGCAAAAAAUCUUACCAAACUAAAUAAAAGUCCGGAUUUUAAUCCAUUGGAGAAUUUGCUCUUAUAUUUGGAAUAUCAAAUGAGAAAAUAUACUAUAGAAUGCAAAACUAGUUUACAAAUAGCUUUACUGGAAGAAUGGAACAAAAUUACGCCUGAAAUGUGCUGCAAGAUGGUAGAAUCGCACUUGGAAGCAGCGAUUGGAUGUUGAUUAUUCUUUAUUGU